CCUAGCUAUAAGUACUGCAUUUAUGGGAUCAAGUACUAUCGAAAUUCGUCCGGUUUUGUUGACACACUCUAUUUCAAUGACGACAAGUAUCCAUGGAGUACAACUGAUGUCACUCAUUUGGAAUUCGAAAAAGCAGCCAGACCUCUUUGCACAGAUCUUGCUAGCUAUGCCAACGACACUCUUCCAUUUAAUGCUCUGUAUUACUCCGCUUGGGUGCUGUGGCGAAUUAUCCUCAAACUUCACUUUCUGAUACGACGAAAAUACAGCCUGAUGAAGAACUACAUUCUGGAACAGGUUCCCGGCGGUGUGGAAGGUAAAGAAUUGUAUGUCGAUGAAACUUACUACAUAACUAAUCGCAUGCCGGAAGCCGACGAUUACGUGGUAACAUGCAAUAAGGCAAAUUUGCGACGUGUACCAUUGACGUCAAACAAUAACGUAUGCUUCGUGACUGCCAACGAUACAGUCGAAGCUGUAACCGUAUACAAUCGUCAAUUCGAGCAACCAAGUAAUUUAACAGCCCAUGACAUUUUACAACUUGGGCCAUAUUCUGCUACGAAAAUGCUCUACAUGAAGGACCUACAGUGCCGGAUUGAGCACACUUUCGAUGAUUAUGGUUAUGAGUGUUGCUGCUAUGGCGAUAACAUUGACAAUUGUCAAGAACGAGUGUCAAAUAGCAUUCUGGUGGGCAAGAGUCAGCUGACUAUCUAUGGCGAAGUGAUGAUGUGCGUAACCGGCUAUCCUGACGCAAAUGCAUCAGUGCAAUAUCAUUUUAACGGCGCAAAUGGCAGAAUCACAAUUCGCGGAAAAAUGCAAAUUGUUCUAGACGUAUUACGCACCAAAAGUGUAAUUAUUUUGUAUUUAUUUUUCGAUAAUUUUGUAUUGUUUUUUGUCAAAAAGGAAUGCGGAGAAAGACUCAAGACCAAAUAGUA